AUGUUGUUCUUCACCCUCCUGCUAGAGGUGAUUUGGAUCCUGACUGCCAACGGGGGUCAACACUGGACGUAUGAGGGUCCACAUGGUCAAGAACACUGGCCUGCCUCUUUCCCUGAGUGUGGAAGCAACGCCCAGUCCCCCAUCAACAUCCAGACAGACAGUGUGACUUUUGACCCUGGCUUGCUACCUCUGCAGCCCCGUGGAUAUGAACAGCCUGGCACUGAGCCUUUGAACCUGCACAAUAAUGGCCACACAGUACAACUCUCUCUGCCCUCUACCCUUUAUCUGGAAGGACUUCCCCGAAAAUAUGUAGCUGCCCAGCUCCACCUGCACUGGGGUCAGAAAGGAACCCCCUGGGGGUCGGAGCACCUGGUCAAUGGCAAAGCCACAGCUGCAGAGCUCCACAUCGUACAUUAUGAUUCUGAGUCCUACGAAAGCCUGAGUGAGGCUGCUCAGAGGCCUCAGGGCCUGGCUGUCUUGGGCAUCCUCAUUGAGGUGGGUGAGACUAAGAAUCCAGCUUAUGAACACAUUCUGAGUCACUUGCAUGAAAUCAAGCACAAAGAUCAGAAGACCUCUGUGCCUCCCUUCAAUGUGAGGGGGCUGCUCCCGCCGCUGCUGGCGCAGUACUUCCGUUACAACGGUUCGCUCACCACUCCGCCCUGCUACCAGAGUGUGCUCUGGACGGUCUUCCAUCGAAGGGCCCAGAUUUCCAUGGAACAGCUGGAAAAGCUUCGGGAGACAUUGUUCUCCACGGAGGAGGAGCCCUCUGAGCCCCUGGUACAAAACUACCGAGCCCCCCAGCCUCUCAAUCAGCGGAUGGUCUUUGCUUCUUUCAUCCAAGUGGGACCCUCGUAUACCACAGGUGAAAUGCUGAGUUUGGGAGUAGGAAUCCUGGUUGGCUGUCUCUGCCUUCUGCUGGCUGUUUAUUUCAUCGCUAGAAAGAUCCGGAGGAAGAGACUAAGAAACCGGAAAAGUGUGGUCUUCACCUCAGCACGAGCCACCGAGGCAUAG